ACACCAUCCGGUCCCUGUAUAGGACCCGAAGCAGUGGGAUCUGUUUGCACCAAAACAUCAUUGACUGAUAAUGUAGAUAAGGACAGCCUUGUUACAACUCAAGAUCCAGGAAAGUUAGUUAAGAUAUCACAGAAAAUUGUUCCAGAACCGAAGCACACGAUUCAAAGGAAGAGUGAAGAAGCUAGUAAAAAAGUCAAGACGAGGAAUGACUGGCUUGCUGCUACACAUACAGAUCAAGAUGCAAUUGCAAUGAAGUCCAAAAGUUCCAAAAGCAUGACGGCAAGAGAGAGAUUUCUUAUGGAUCAGAAGUCAUCCAAAGAUUUUGAAAAUGUUCAAGCAACUUCUCAUGAUUAUUCACAUGUUAUUCAUAUUAGAGAUGUUUCAGAUCAAUCUGAAAAUAUGAAUAAAAUUGAAAACCAAAAUAACAAGAGAAUUUUGACUCUAAAAAUACACCAGAACAUACAACUAUUAAUAUGAUCAAGAAUAAAAUUGAAAUCCUCAGUAGACGCUAAAGAUUCUUUUGUAAAUGGUUCAGUGAAAAAUUUUAAUAAAGAAAACCACAAGUGUAGAGACAUUAAUACAACGAGAUGCACAUUACAGACUUUAGGUACCACAAAAAUCAGUACUGAUAAUGGCAAUAUUAAAGAAAUUAUGUCCCAAGAAGAGUCAAACUUGGAAGUUAGUCAAAAUUUAAAAAAAGGGUCACUCCACUGUGACUCAAACAUAAGAGAACAAACUAGGGAGACAAAUGGUAAUGAGGACAAUGUUGGACAAUUAAAGGACUCCAUAAUCAUCUUGGAUAACUCAGAAGACCUUGUAUCUAAUGGUGUUAUCACAAAUGGGUGGCCUGAUAUCACAGGCUACACAGUGGAACAAAAGAAAGAAAACUUGAAAAACUUAGAAUCAAAAAUUAAUUCAGAGUUGUGUAUUUCCAGCUCUGAUGGAGAUUUGGAGAUUCCUAACAAAUUAGAGAGUGGCAAAGAAGACAAAGCACUUAUUGAUACUCUAGUCAAAGAAAAGAAAGACAGUAAAGUGUCGAGAUUUGUACGAAUGUUCAACAGGAAAGAUACAGGUGCUGCUGAGAGUGGUGAGAGAUCCUCAUUAAGGAAAAACCAGAGCAGAGUGUGGGGAAUGUGUUUACAGAUUCAGAGUCCAAAUGUUGAGGGUGAAGAUGAAAAAGACUGUGGCUAUAAAAGAUGUGAGUUAGCCAGCAUAAAAAGUGAGCCUCUCAUAGAUGGCAGUUUUAGUGACAAGGAGUCUAAUUUUGAAGUUAUCAGUGAAAAGGGUAGAUCAUCUUCUAGUUUCAAUGAUAUAAAGGUUGCUAGUAAUGAGUCUUUAGAUUUUGUUGCUGGUGACAGUGUGCCAGAAAAGAGGAAAAAUUUAAAGCUGACCAAUGACAAACAGAAUUUGUUAAGAAAUGGAGGAGGCCGUAGAUCAUUUGAUAGACCACAGAGAACAGCCAAAAGUCUCGCAAGGCGAUCUAACACUCUAGAAGAUAUAGAUGAUAGUAAUAAUAAAUUUUCCAGAUCUAGUAAAACCUUACCUGCCACACCUGUCUCAGGGGUCAGUGGAUCAGGGCAGGACUCAAAUGCUAGUCACCCUUUCUAUAGAAGAUUCUACAGUCACUGUAUGAUACUUCCUAUGAUGAAAAGGAGAAAGGAGACUACAAAGAAAUUCACAGAGCACAAAAAUGCUGCCAUAGUUAAUACUAGCCCACAGAGCACUGGUAUUGCAUGGCAGAAUGGUGAAGAAAAGGGUGAAAAUGUAAAUAUAGAAUUCACUGAAAUUUCAUCAGUCAUAACUUCCACAAAGAGAGAAGUGGAAAUUGAUGACUCCCCAAGAAAACUUCCUGUUAUUGAUGAUCUUCUUGCAGAAAUAAUGGAAAAUGUAACAUUAAUGGAGCUUGAGGUGAAGGAAGAUGAAGAAAAGCUUGAAAGUGUUCACAAUACUCUUGAUGAGAGUAUAAUCUGCAGUGAAGAUUGUGGAUUUAGCAGUACAUGUAUCCAUAGUACAGAAACUCAACCUACAGUGAGGGUUCAUAGUGAAGGAACAGUAGAUACAGGAGCUGCCAGAGGGAAUGAUGAGGUAGCAGGAACAACACAAACACAUAAUAUUGACUCAUGGGAAGGAGUGUUUGAUUCCAGUUUCAUUCAAAACCUUAAUCCUUCUGAUGAAACCAGAUGCCCAAGACCCAUUUCACGAGUCGAGUCCCUCAUCUCAAAAUUUGAGCAGAAUCCUUAAAUCAGGUAGUGCGCUAAUAUUUAUUUGACACAGUAACUGAAAAUAUUUUUUUAAAUUUUAAAUCUGUACCUGCGUAUUUUGAAAAAAGCAAACAACAUUUUUAUUCACAAAUCAUACUUCAUAGGAUCAAUUCUAUAUACUAUAUGAAGUGUGCCGAGUUCCUUGACCGAAACUCGGAUAUAAAUCCAGGUAUACAGCUAUUUAAAAAGAAAAAAAUAUUGGCCGUGUAAUGAGUACUUUUGCACUACUGCAGUAAUUUGUCGAGAAUCAUAAUUUAUGUCACACUCAGCUUAUGAAGCCUCUCACUUGGGAAUGGUUGUUCAGCUAACUGCUGAAAAUACUCCCAAGAGAAAGUUAGAAAUAGUACCUGACCAGCUUAUCAAGGUUAAAAUCUGACUUCUCAAGCACACUGAAUAUAUCAGUGAAGAUAAAAUUUCCAUAGUCAAGUCACAGUUUUCAAAGUUUAUUUUGACAAAUUUCAUAAGAGCACUAAGUUCAAUUGAAGUUACGCUCCUAUUACAUAAGUUAUUUGCAUCUUACAUGUUAUGGAAUAAUCAAUAUUUUCAAUUUUUUUUAGCUAGUCACUUCUGUUCCAGAUAAUUAGUUGUAAAGACAUUUGGUAUAUGCAUAUAGAUAAUGCUUUUAGACAUGCAGCAUGAUUAAAUAAGUUGUGCUGGUUUGAGUAAAUAAUGUGUUGUUAUUCAUAUAGGAAGCUGUAAUUCACUUCCAUUGUUAUUAAUGUAAAAAAAAAAAAAAAGUGAGACUUUUAUUCUCAUUUAUAUUAUAUGUUACAGUGCAAGCAGAGAGCAAGCACUUCAUAUACAAUAAUUAAAUCAAUAUGCAAACAUUUGUGGCAGAUGUCUCAAGCAUUCCUCUAAGGCUUUAAUAAUAGAAAUAUGCUUAACAGUUAGAGUUCUGCAUGGACCAUCCAUUUGCAUAUGUAGGGAAGAAUUUAUUAAAUGUACACUCAAAUGGAAUAGGUCAAAUUGCUGAUUUGUCAUUUUACUGUUUCACCGUUUUACGGUACUUAUUUUAUUUUCCUUUGAUAUGUUGUUUUAUUUAUUAUUAUUAUUAUUAUUAUUAUUAUAAUCAAAAAGAAGCGCUAAGCCACAAGGGCUAUACAGCGCUGCUGUUUUAUUUAUACUUAGAGCAUUCAUGAUAUUUGUUUCAUCACGUUGUUCACAUUUAUACUUAAAAUUUAUUUUUUGCUCUGUUUAGAAGAAUGUGUGUAGGUGUAGGUGUUCAAAUAUGAUUUAUUUGUCAUAAAGUUCAGAGGAAAGAGCCCAGAAGCUGGAGCUUGAUCCAGGCGAGACAUCUGGAGAACAAGUUAAAAUGGGCCAAAACCCAGUAUUAUUAUUAAUAAAGUCAUCUUAAAGAAGGUAGACAAGGAAUUUCAUGUGCUUCAAGAAGUGCUGUAAGUGCUUUUACUUAUUUACAUACAGUGGACCCCCGGUUUAUGAUAUUUUUUCAUUCCAGAAGUAUGUUCAGGUGCCAGUACUGACCGAAUUUGUUCCCAUAAGGAAUAUUGUGAAUUAGAUUAGUUCAUUUCAGACCCCCAAACAUACACGUACAAACGCACUUACAUAAAUACACUUACAUAAUUGGUCGCAUUGGGAGGUGAUCAUAAAGCGGGGGUCCACUGUAUUUGAUUUGCAAGCGAUUAGCUGUCAUUUCCCAAUAAUACAAUAGUAACUCUAUGACUUGUCUAAGACAAGUGUACUGGCAUUAAGUUGUGAUGGUAAACUGAGAUUAAAAGGCAACAAUCUGUGCAUCACUUGACUGAAGGAGCAGUGAGAGCUACUUAUGCCUUUUCUCAAUAUUAUGUAUUAGCAAACUCUUGAAGGACUUCAGCUGAGUGAGAGUUUCUGAAAACAUGUGUUGCAUGACAAAGGUUGCAGAUGUGUAUUGUUUUCCAAGAAGAAAUAAGCUUCUGUGAAUAUCUUUCUCUCACGAAAUUUAAUACUAAAACAAGUUCAUAAUUUUUUUUUAGCGCAUUGGCCUUUUCCCACCAAGGCAGGGUGACCCAAAAAGAAGAAACACUUUCAUCAUCACAAACUUCAUCACUGUCUUGCCAGAAGCGUGCCAAUACUUACAGUUCAAAAACUGCAACAUAUCUGCACUCGUCCUUCAGAAUGCACGCACUGUACUUCCCACCUCCAGGACUCGAGUCCGGCUAGCCGAUUUUCCUGAAUACCUUCAGAAAUAUUACACUUCAGUUUAUAAUGUGUUUGAUUAUUUGCAGAAAUAACCUUGGAAAAAUGGCAAAGUAUGGUCUGGAAAAGCACAGUGAAUGCUGCGACAAGUAAAAAAAUGGAUUUAUAGUAAAAAUUAUCAGCAAAGUUCAGAGCAUUCAUCCAAACCAUAUUUGUAUUUUUUAUUUUAAUAAAAUGGAAGCAAGCAGUACCAAAACUCUGGGUACACACCUAUAUGUGGUUGCAGAGGUCGAGUCACAGCUCCUGGACCAGUGUAAUGUAUGUUGAGGUAAAAACAUGGACUUUCACCAGAGGUGUGCCUCACAACCAUCAACUCUUCAAGCAGCUUUUGGAGGAAAUAUCUUUCAGCAUGGGAUGCUGUAUUAAAUUAAAGCUCUCUCAGUGAUUCUCACAUUAUGAUUGAAGAAUUAUUUAUGAAUGAGAAAGCAAAUCCCACGGCUCGUCAACAAAACUGUUCUCUAGCACUGUGUAAACAACUCUGUAAACAAGUAUGUAAACAAGUAUGUAAACAAAUAAUGAGAGUCAAAAUAUCAUAGCUAGACUAAUUAACAAAUAAUCCAUUCUUUGAAGAGGAAACUUGUAGUGAAAAGCAUUCUUUUCUAUGUCCCAUUCAGAAACUUUAUUUACAUAGGCAUGGAUCUUUGUUGUGCCCUCAAGAGAUGUUUUUCACUAAAAUUUUAAUGUCGACUGCAAGUUGAUAUGAGUGACAGUGAGAGAGAAAGAGUAGUAGUGUGAGAUGUUUCGUUACUUUCUGGAAAGAAAUGGGAAAAAAAAACGUAAGACAAGUUGAUAUAGACCAGCCAUUCCAUGUGUGAUGGUAGGGGGCGAAGUUUUCUUGCUAAUCCAUUCCUAUGCAAUGUAAUUUAUCUCAUCCUUACUACUGAACCCCUGACCUGUCUUGUCACUUUCUUCCCUAUUCCUCUUUAUGGACCUGCAUUCUGUUUUCUCCUCAUUUCCUCACUUGGUUGUCAUUUAUAAUGAACCACAGCAAACCAGAGUAUUGUCUAAAGGUUCCUCUCCAAAAUUUGGGUUAGUUGUGGAUCAAAUAUGUAAAUAAAAUACCAUAAAAAGUAAAUCAAAUUUACACAUGUUUUGCUACACAGUACAAGCUUUCUAAAUUCUGAAGAAGAAUGCAAAAAGAACACUAUGUACCCAUAUAAGACAGUAGGCAGUGGGUAAGAAUGUGUUUUGCUGUGAAAUCUAAACCCUGUAUGGCAUUAUAUUUGCAUUCACAAUAAGAAUGGUUUUAGGACCUUGCCUUCUUGGUAAACAUAAUGGGGCAUCUUAGUACUGUCCUUUGAACUUGAGUAUAAUCGACUCUCUUAUAAAGCUAUUCAGUAUACAGAAAUGUGAUUUUUUGCAAAUGCAAUUUAAAAAGUUUAUUUAAAAUUGAACAAUACAUCCCAUGAAGACUUUUUUCAACUUUGGAUGUACCUUUCAAAUCACAUUUACAAAAGAUCACACUACAUAGAGGAGCUUUUUAAAAGUGCUGACAUAUUCAGUAUUAUAUCACUGGGCAUGACUUUGAGUGAAGUGCUCUUUGGGAUAAGUGGCUCUCUUCUUGAAUCCAAUGUUGAGUGCAUCUAGGAAGAAGGGUAGUGGUGGUUCAAGAAGUGUAUGCUGGCAGUCAAGAUGCAGGGACAUGUUGUCCAGUUUUUAAAACAGUUAAGCUGCAAAUGAAACUUACUGAUUAUUGUAUAGGUAUGAUCAAAAUUAAGUUCUCAUCUGUUAGUGUUCAUAAAUUUUACUGAUACCUAGAAGACAACUAUAGGUAUGGUUAUAGAGUAUUCUGUUAGGGAAAGGAAUCCUGUGUACUGCCAGAAGUACAAAGUAUUCAGUAGUGUUAAUGUUCUGUUCAAUUUUGGUACGUAUACAACUCCUUUCUCAUCCAGUUCCUUAACAGAGCUGUACUAGCCAAAUUCAUAUUGAAAUGAAAUCUAUAUUUUCUUCAGUUAUUUAUAUACUCUACUGUAUGCCCACAAAUUUUAAAAAAUUAAAGUGUAUUGAAGGCUUUUAUUAUAUUUACAUCUCAUAUGCAGAAAUCUUUAAUGGAAAGACGAGGGCCCUGCACAGGUCGUAUGAAUUUGACUUCCGCAGGUGAACAAAAAAUUAAAAUUCAAGUUUUAUAAUGCAAAAACAACUUAGUAAAUCAUACAUUUUCUAAUAAUAAUAAUUAUAGUCAAUUUGUACGUGAAAUAAAAUGUUUGUUUAUCUUCUGUUUUAGCUCUGCACCAAUACUUUAUUCAUAAAGCUGAAUGAAUUCCUUCCAUUAGAACAAAAAAAUUAGACUCAUUUGGUACUUCAUAUUUUCUUCAAUGUCACUUGAGGAUGGGACACCACGAGCACAGCUCUGCUCCUGUAGCUACAAAUAGAUAGUUAAUUGUAGAAAUAUGAGGAUGUCUUGCAGCUAUUUAAACUAUGGAUCUUCUACUUCUGCAGAUAUUGAACUGCAUUAUAAGCAAUGUUCAACUAAGUUAAGAAUGCAUGUAAAUGUUUGAAGUAUCAGAUGAUGCAAAAACGAAAAAGGUUUAUGCUGGAAAAAGUAAUUUGUUGUACAGCUUGAAAAUAUAGAGUGCUCUACUGUACUCCUGUAUCACUGAUAUUGUGGAGCUGGUCAGAGUGAUGUUUAGAAGUUAAAAGUGUAAUUUAAUUAAAAUAUUAAGACAGUAGUACUUUGUUCUUUUAUUGCUGUUGCUUUUUAGUGACAGUUAUGCAGUACUGACACAAAAGAUACAUUGGUGGAUACAGGAUAAGUGUUUUGAUUGGGAUAACAGUGUUCAAGAUUAGGUCAAUCAUUUUCAAUCUGUGCAUGAUGAAUGACCAUUAAUAGGAUUACUCUUUGGCUGAAUAUAAAUGGAUCUGAACUCAGCCAGUUUGUGACUGAGUUCAUCUAUAUUCAUCAAAACCAUACCAUGGGUGGGGAUAGAACCCAUGAUCAGAGAGUCUCAAAACUCCAGACUGUCGUGUUAGCCACUGGACCAGCUAGCCACAAUGCAAUUCAUCCAACUAGGUAUAUUUCUACACCACAGGAAUGUUAGCAUAGGCACCACUGUGACCACAAAUGCAAAUUUUUUACAGACGAAUCUCCAGCUAGCGGGGUCGUGACGAACUCUAGCUCAAGUCCCCUCACAGUCAUUAACAUGACUCACGAAAUCGUAAUGACACGAUUGCAAACAAACCAUACCACGGGAGGGGAUAGAACCUGUGAUCAGAGUCUCAAAAUUCCAGACUGUCGCGUUAGCCGCUGGACCAGCUAGCCACAAUAAGAUUCAUCCAACAAGGUAUAUUUCUACACCAUAGGAAGGUUAGCAUAGGCACCACUGUGACCACAAAUGCUAACCUUCCUAUGGUGUAGAAAUAUACCUAGUUGAACGAAUCUUAUUCUGGCUAGCUGGUCCAUUGGCCAACGCGAUGGUCUGGAUUUCUGAGACUCUGAUCGCGGGUUCUAUCCCCGCCCGUGGUAUGGUUUGUUUGCAAUCGUGUCAUUACAAUUUCGUGAGUCAUGUUAACGGCUUUGAGGGGACUUGAGCUAGAGUUCAUCAUGGCCACGCUAGCUGGAGAUUCGUCUGUAAAAACUUGCAUUUGUGGUCACAGUGGUGCCUAUGCUAACCUUCCUAUGGUGUAGAAAUAUACCUAGUUGGACGAAUCUUAUUGUGGCUAGCUGGUCCAGUGGCUAACGCAACAGUCCGGAGUUUUGAGACUCUGAUCGCGGGUUCUAUCCCUGCCCGUGGUAUGGUUUGUUUGCAAUCAUGUCAUUACGAUUUCGUGAGUUAUAUUCAUCCAGCUUGCAGCUGUGAAUUUAUCUAAACUCACCCAGUUUGCGGCUGUGAGAUCAUCGUAACUCAGCUUAUACAUCUGUGACAUUAAUCAGUGCAUAACUGUAAACAAAUAUAGCCAUACAAUCCUAUAAUUGUGUUUACGUAUCUCCGAAUACUGAUUAAGAUGUAACAUACAUGAGUGAUUUCGAACCUACAGUUUCAUUAAAAAUGUGUACUGUAAUACAUAAUUUUUGUGUGUUUUAGUGCUUCAUUGCUUGCCCUGUUGAGGUUAAGGGAGCAGCUCUCAUGUGUGUGAAGAUAAGGACAAGUAUGCGUAAUAGUGCCUGGAAAUAAAAUCCGUCAUUUAUUUUAUUUAUAGGUUAAAAUAUCUUAUUUUAGAUUUUGCUGCCACAUUGUUCCUAAGGAAUGAAUGACAGCUGUAUGUGACUGACUGUAUAAAAAAAAUUGUACAUAGUGUGUGAGUGGUUUACCGCUUUCAGUCUUCCAGAUAGAGUGAUUUACUCUAUACUGUUGGAACGCUGUCUCAAAAUCUUGCGAUAUAAGCAAGAUUAAUAAUUCACAAGCCAACCAUACCGUUCAAGGGGGCAUACUUGAUGCUGGCUAAGGGAUCUUGAGCCAAGGAACUGGAGCAAUCCUCUCCUUCUCUGGAUCAAACUUGAUUACAAGCCAUGUCUCCCCAGGUGGUGUAUGACCCCUGUGGGUUUAACGCUUCCCUUCGAAUAUAAUAAGCCAACAAUAAACAAGGAUCUCUUAUAUAUCUAUAUAAAUAUAUCCUCCUUGAUAAAAGAGAUGUUAUUUUCUUCCUAGUAAAUGUAUGGGCUGCCUUAUUUCAUGUUUAUAGCAUAAAUGUACCUAGAGAGACCUCAGUGUUUUAUGUACUUAAAAAACUUGUGUGUUGAUCUCAUGACUGGUGAAAUACAGUUGUUAUCAAUAUGUAAUACUGUACUGAAAUUUUGCCCAGCUUCUAAUCAUUGUCAUAUUUUUAAAAAUUAUUCACAUACAGAAUCAUCUGAAUUUCAUAAUACGUUGGAAAACAAGAGACUCGUGCGGAGAACUAAACCAAAGGACAAAGGUGCAAAAUAAACUUUCAUUGUGAUGAUCUUUUGCUCUCUCUAGAGAUUCAUUGUUUGCCAUUGAACUGAAGAAGCUCUGCACAGAUUAAAAUAUCAUAACAAAAGCUUACCCUGCUCUCUCUGGAGUUUUAUUGUUUGCCAUUGAACUGAAGAAGCUCUGCACAGAUUAAAAUAUAACAAAAGCUUACUCUGCUCUCUUUGGAGUUUUAUUGUUUGCCAUUGAACUAAUGAGGUUCUACUCAGAUUAAAACAUCGUAAAAAAAUGCUCACUCUGCACCUAGUCUUUUUUUCUUCGAUGCUGUCUGCAGUACGCCCUUUAAGCUUUAUAUCAAUAAAUAAAAAAGUAAUAAACGAGUGCCGUAUAUUUCAGCCCCUACCCAAGACCCUUCUCAGCAGUUACAGACUGAAAUAUACACCCUUCUUUUUGUUAUAUUUUGAUGUGGGAUUGUUCAUUCCCACUGACCAGUAGUCAUGACACUACCAAUAUUACUUUACAUUGCAUUACUGUAUUUAUAAUUGCAUUACCCAUGGGUACAUAAUUAACCAAGUUAUUAACUCAUCAUUCUUUGGAUACCAAAAAUGGAUUACACAACCCAUUUGUGGCAGAAACAACUAUUGUGUGUUUAGAUAUGGUUACGCAUAGAUGGGGUCCUCCUCUAGGUACAAGUGUGGGGACCCAUAGCCUCGGAGAAGUGAAUAAAAAGGCUUCAAGGGAAAAAAAUACUGUAUAUGUACAUUGUAUAAGUAUGAAAGUUAUUUUUUGUAAACAUAAUGUAGGUUAUAUUUUGGCAUGCAAAGGGUUCUCUAGAGUCAUAAAAGGGUUUUGUGAGCACAAAAUGAGUGACAGCAUAUAAGGAAAGUACAGUACUUUAUAUUUUGUGUACUAAGUUAAAAUAAUUUUAUGGUACAGUAUAUAAUAAAUAUAUUUAACCUUCAGUGGUUGUAUUAUUACACCAGAUUUACUUGAUCAAAAAUUUUAAGCUUUUGAGUAAAUUCAUGACUGGUGAAUAAAAGCAUGUACUGAAAUGAGGCAUGGUUAGUUAGUUUAGUAUCUUCAUUAUGCACCCCAUACCCAUCCUGUGGGUGGUAGUCAAAAGAUUACAGAGGUACAUAAUGGGCCCAGGGACUGGGCUGCAACGUUUUGAUAACUGAAGUUACAAAGGUAACGAACUUUUACAUGUCUAUAUCCGGUCCCAAUCAUGACCAAGUUACAAAGGUAAUGAACCAUCCACACAUCUAUACAUGGUCACAAUCAAGAUGUUAUUAGAAAAAAUGGGAAGAAAAUACUUUGAAAACAUUGAAAUGUAUUUCUGUUUAGAGUGCCUGCUUGAAAGCGAGGUUAAUUUUUUUUAAAUAUUUAGUAAUGUCAAUGGCCUAGAUUAACAUCCGAGGACAAGUUUUCAGUGGGUCAUUUUUUUCAGUUUAGAGCUUUAGGAUGUGUGUGUGGGGGGAAGAAUAAGAAAGUAACACAGCCAGAGUAUAUUAAUAUAAAAUGUUAUCCUAGGUAAUUUUCAAUAUGUAUGAUAAUUGUAUGUAUGUGUAC